AUGCCUUCCCCACCAAAGCCUUGGGAGAGAGCUGGAGGUGCUGUUGCAGCAGCUCCAGUCUCGACCCCAUCCUCUGCAUCUGCUCCGGCCCAGGCACCUACUCAAGCUACCACGACCUCCACGGCCCCAUCCGUCCCUAUUCGCCCCGCUGCUUUCUCAUCAGCCGCUGCUUCCUCCCUCCCAACCACGGCAAACGCUCUAAACAACUCCCUUACUUCACCAUACAACUCACCUUCCCCAUAUCGCUAUGGGUCAAAUUAUGGCUCCACCUUCGGCUCCUCGUACUCGCCCUACGGCAUGAACAGCAUGAACAGCAUGUACGGCGGGAUGAACUACGGCGGAUAUGGCGGAUACGGCAGCUAUGGUAUGAACGGGAUGUACGGCGGCAUGCCGGGCAUGGGCUACGGCAUGCCAGGCCCAGGCGGUCCCUUCGACCCCAACAACCCCUCCCUCUCCCAGACCCUCGAGUCCACGACCCAGAACACCUUCGCCCUCCUCCACUCCAUCGUCCAGACCUUCUCCGGCGUCGCGCAGAUGCUCGAGUCCACCUUUAUGGCGACCCACUCCUCCUUCUUCGCCAUGGUCGGCGUUGUCGACCAGUUCGGCCAGCUGCGCAACGCCCUCGGGAGCGUCCUCGGUCUCUUCGGCCUCGUCCGCUGGCUCCGCGAACUGCUCACCGGCCGCGCCUCGGGCGGUGCCGCGGGCUCGAUGCGUGGCGAGUUCCGCGACUUCGUCAACGGCCGCCCCGUGCAGGGUCCGCAGCCCGCGCCGCCCAAGGCGAGCAAGAAACCACUUAUCAUCUUCCUUCUCGCCGUCUUCGGCGUCCCCUACGCGAUGCACAAGCUCAUCCGCGUCCUCUCCGAGCGCCAGCGCGAGCAGAUGGCCGCGCAGGGGCAACUCGGGCAGGGCCCCUUGCCGCCGCUGGACCCGUCGCAGCUGACGUUCGCGCGCGCGCUGUAUCCGUUCGAGGCGUCGACGCCCGCGGAGCUGGCGCUGAAGGAGAACGAGAUCGUGGCGAUCAUGGGCAAGUUGGACCCGGCGACGGGCGCGGAGGUUGAUCCAAGGAUUGAGGUCGAGGGCAGUGAGUGGUGGAAGGGUCGCACACGCGAGGGCCGUGAAGGGUGGUUUCCCAAGAAGUUUGUGCAGGUCCUCGAGAGGCGAAAGCCUGUGGACAUGGCAGAGGCUAAGAAGGUUGAGUGA